AUGUCACUUCCCAUCCAACCAAUUCCUUUCCGUGAGGAGAUCAAAACUCUGAUUGAGCGCAUCGCAGCUCUACAGAAGGAACUCAAGGAGAAGACAGAUAGACUCCACUUUCUCUAUGGCUUCGAACUGAGGUCUUCCGCUGCGCCAGUAGGCAAUAACAACGGCGAUGAAGGAGCCGAGGAUGACAAAGAUGAUGAAGAGAGUGAGGAUGAGCAAGAAGUCGAAGCAAAGAAGACAGGCAUCAAGAAAACAGCUGCCAAGACAAAGGUCAACAAAUCAGCCAUUAAGACAAGCGUUAAGAAGGACGGAAGCAAGAAGGAGCCAAGAUUAUGCAAAAAGUGUGAGGAGAACUACUUGGAAGACAACGCCCGUUCCAAUUGGGUAAACUGUAAGGAGUGUAGACAUAAGAACACAGAGGAUUGGAAUGAGGGACGGAUAAACAGGGAGCGAAAGCAGAAGGAGCAGAACGCAAAGCGAAAAAAGCAACAGGGAGAUGAAGUGGAUGGAGAUGAAGUGGAAGUGGAAGGAGAUGAGGUAGGCGACGAACGAGAAGAGGCCGAGGAAGGAGGUGAAGAGGAUCUAGAAGAUGACUCAGAAGAGGAAGAACAGGAAGCAAAGAAGAACCAGGGCAAGCAACUGUAA